AUGGUGGUUGGCAAUGAGCAACAAUCAGGUGAUUUUUUUAAACGCUUUGGAGCCUACUUCGCGGCAUCACCGAAGGUUGCAGGAAGCGAACGGAGAGAGCCAAGCAACUGCAAGCAGCGUUGGCAGAAGAUCAACGACAUGAUGUGUAAGUUUUGUAGAGCUUAUGAGGCUGCAACAAGGGAGAAAACAAGCGGACAAAAUGACAAUGAUGUUCUGAAGAAAUCUCAUGAGAUCUUAUACAAUAACCAUAAGAAGAAGUUCAACCUUGAGCAUGCCUGUAGAAAUGAAGGAAGCUCAAGAAAGAGGAAGUAUGAGGACGGUGCUCAAUCUUCAACCUCUAGAGCUACUGAAACCAACACUUCUGAUGCUGAUGAAGCAAGCAAUCGACCACCGGGUGUUAAGGCAGCUAAGGAACGGGUUAAGAAGACGACGGUGGAUGAGAAGGGGCUGUCUGAGUUUCAGACGAUGUGGUCCAUAAAACAACAGGAUCUAGCCAUGAAAGAACGGCUUUCCAAGAUGUCUAUGCUUAACAGUCUAAUUGGAAAGCAAGAACCACUGUCUGAGUGCGGGGAAGCUUUAAAGCAGAAGCUCAUCAUUGACUUGUUCUCUGUUUGA